UGUAGCAAGUUACCCGGGGUAUAAUCAAUAUGGCACUAGACUUGCUCCAUCUACAGAAUGGCCAGGAGUUCUGCUCUUUCGAGGAACUGGCCGAAAUUAUUAAGAAGUGGGAAGAGGUUAAUUUUGUUACUCUUUACACAAGAAGCUCUAGGAGUAUUGAAGCAGCUAGAAGAAGGGCUCCAAAGAGAACUUUUCUCGACAAACUGAAGUAUUCAGAAAUUGAUUAUGCAUGUGUACAUGGAGGCAGAGAAUAUAAGUCCCAAUCUACACAGAAGAGGCUGUGCCAAAAGACAUUUUUAAAGGAUUGCCCAUUUGUGAUUAAGAUUAAGACAACACUGGAUGGAGAAAAGUUAUACAUCAAAGAAAUUCGUGGAGAGCAUAAUCAUGAUUUGUCUGAGGAAAUAUUUCGUCAUAUGCCAAAGCAACGGCGCCUGGAUUCUGAAACAAAGGAUGAAGCAGUAAAACUCCUCAAACUCAGAGCUAACAAAAAGCUUCUUCAGAAUCACUUGAUGAGUACAACUGGUAAAACAGUGACACUCAAAGAUCUUCAUAAUAUUGCAGCGAGAAAUGUACCAAAGUUUCGGAAUGAUUUUCGUGAGCUAGUAGAAGAAAUGAAGAGCAUUAAAGAUUCAACUGUUACUGCAUUUGUUGACGAAGAGAGUAUGUUAAAGGCUAUAUACUUUCAGACACCUGAAAUGAAGAAUAUAUUUGCUUCUUAUCCUGAACUCCUCUUGAUUGAUGCUACGUACAAACUAAACGAUCUGCAUAUGCCUCUUUGUAUGUUUUAAUGGUAGUCGAUGGGAAUGGUGAGAGUGAGAUUGUAUGUCUGUGGCUGACACAAUUUGAAGAUAAAGAAACUAUUACAAAACUUGUUGAAGAAUUCAAGAAGUAUAAUUCAGAUUGGAUUUCAACAAAAUGUAUUAUGUCCGACAAAGAUAUGACUGAGAGAACUGUUUUAGGCGAACAAUUUCCACAGUCCAAGCUUUUGAUUUGCUUAUUUCAUACUCUGCGCACUAUGAAAAGAGAGAUAUCCUGCGAAAAGCUUGGCAUAUCACAGGGAGAAAGGAGUAUGUGCUUGGAAAUAUUGUUGAAAAUGGUGUAUGCAAGAGACGAAGAAGAGUAUAGUAAGCUCUUUGAUGAGUUAAAGAAUGGACCACAACGACUUGUGGAGUACUUUGAAAAUAAUUGGCAUAGCAUUCGCCAUGAAUGGGUGGACGGUUUGAAAAAUGCAACUUGCAACUUUAUGAAUCGCACCAAUAAUAGAGUUGAAAGCAUCAAUCAGAAAUUAAAGUCUGUAAUUUCUCGGUAUUCAGGAGUUACUCAGUUUUUCCAAGAUUUGAUGAAGUGUUUGAACACUCUGAGAAUUGAGCGUGAUCAUAGAGCACUUGAAAUAGUAAUGAAAAGACGUGUAUCAUUACAUGACUCUGAUACAUCAUUUGGAUGGUAUAUGUCUUUUUUGACACCAUACUCCUUUGAAUUUGUAAAAGACCAACUAGAAAACGCCAGUAAAGUACAGAUUAUUCAACAAAUUGAUGAAAAAUCGUGUGUAUUGCGAUCUCAAGGCCGAUCUAUAACAACUACUAUUGACUCUUGUCCCUGCGGCUUUGUUUCUGCUAUGAAACUGCCAUGCAAGCAUAUCUUUGCAGUGCGCACAUCCCAGUCUCUAUCUGAGUAUGAGGAAUCUCUCUGUGCUGAAAGGUGGACGCAAAAACAUUUUACGAGUCAUCAUCGGGCAUAUGUACCAACUGAUAUGAGUGAUUGUGAUGUGGAAAGUCAUAUUGAUGAUACGAUUCAAAUCUCUACAUUAGAACCGGCAAGAGCAGUGCUCUCUGAGCAGCAAAAAUACAGAAAAUCUUUCAAUAUAGGCCAACGCUUAUGCCAGCAGCUCUCUACUUUUGGUAUGCACGACUUCAAUGAAGGAAUAGAAGUCCUGCAAUCAAUAGCGCAUCUCUGGGAAAAAGGCAAAAAGGUUGUCGUUGGAGAAGCAGCAGACACUGGUGAGGAUCUAUCAAGCGACAGUGACGAUUCUAUUUCUGAUCAUAUUAAAAUCCCACCUCCCAUCCUGACAGAUAAAGACACAGUUGAUCUGUUACAGAAAGCACCUGAUUCUCGACAGCCAUUGUCUACCAUUCAAGAUAAUACUUUUGCGAUAAAAAUGCCGCCUGCAAUCAAGAAACGAGGUCGACCAAAAGGUGCUGGACUAACAGUGAUUGGCCUUCCUAAAAAGAAGGGAAAAGCUUCUUCCAAACCGAAGGCAUUUGUACUAAAAUCAGAAUGGGAGAAGACAAAAGUUAUGCUCAACUGGUUUGUCGAUGAAGAAGUCACUGAACGAGCAGUGAGAGGUGGGGACCUUAUUGAAGAACAUGAAGUGGAAUGUUGCCCCGAGAAAAUACCCAGAAAGUGCUUGGAUGACAAUGUUUGCAUUGCUCAAAUCAAAAAAUACUUCACUUUUGACGGCUGGAGUUUACUUCAAAAUAGCAUAGAUACUUUGCUUGUUCAUGGGAAUUGGACUUGCUCAAUAUGCUGCAUUGAUUUAUCUACAAGUGAAAGCAUUGGCUGUGAUAGUUGUCUUGGAUGGUUUCACUUGAAGUGUGUUGGAUUGAAGAACGCUCCUAAAAGCAAGCACUGGUUUUGUAGAUCCUGUCAUAUUUAAUUUUUAUGUAUAAUAUUGAUUAUUAACUCAUCUAUUAUAGCGCAUGCGCAUAAAUUAUUAUUAUGGUCAGAGGUGAAAGUUCACCAUGCCGUAAGAAUAGCAAGGUAAGCAACCUUUACAGUGCCGUAAGAAUAGUCACAGCGAAUAA